AUCGUGUAUGUAUACAACCUAGCCUUGGGGUUGGGUGGGGAUGUGUUGUAUUCAAGGGCUCCCCCAACUGCAUUUUAGUUUGAGAAUAUGACUCACGAGGAGGAGGAAGAGGAGGAGAAGGAAGAAGAAGAGGAGAAGGAGGAAAAUGAGGAGGAAGAGGAUAAUGAGAAGGGGGAGGAGACGAUGGAGGAGGACGAAGAGGCGAUCGAGGAGGACGAAGAGGAAGAGGAGGAGGACGAGGAGGUGGAAGACGAGGAGGUGGAAGACGAGGAGGUAGAAGAUGAGGAGGAAGAGAAUGGGGCGGGUGAGGAAGAGGAGGAGGAGGAGAACCUCCCCUUUUUAUUUUUCAAUCAAUCAAUCAAGGGUACUCUGUAAUUAGUGCAAAUAACCGGCUCCCAUUAAAAAAAACCCUUUUUGCCAAAACCCCAC